AUGUUAUUUGCUGUGAGUGCUGUGGUACUCAACCUUCUGGCCGCAACGGCAGAUGCUGCCCCUGCCCAUCGUCAGGCUAGACACACUGUGGAGGGCCGCAGUGCUGGCAUGAACAUCAGAACAUGGAAACCCACUACAUCCGUUUAUUCUCGGACUUCUUCUGCCAAGUCAUCUCAAUCUUUGAGCUUGAAUAAGCUCAACACAACUCGCGCAAACCCUCGUAGCGCAGCCUACCUUAAGGGCUUGACUGGCAAAGGAUCACACAAACGUUCCGGCACCAGCGGUCUUACCUCUCUGUUUGAAGGCGAAGAAUAUGCCACUUCAAUUACGUUUGGUACUCAAACUUUUGAUGUCAUUGUUGAUACGGGAUCCAGCGAUACGUGGGUAGUCGAAACGGGAUUUGAGUGUCUGGAUCUUGCAACCGGAAACAAGACAACCGAGUCAGAGUGUGCAUUCGGCUCUAGCACCUAUACCGUGGAUAAAUCAUUCAAGGAAAUCAGCGGAGAAGAAUUCAGUAUUGAGUAUGGAGACGGUGAGUACUUAUACGGAUAUAUGGGUAAGGAGUCGGUCACGCUGGCCGGUAUCAUGGUCGAGCAAGAGGUGGCCAUUGUCAAUCAAGCCGCCUGGGAAGGAGAUGGAACCACAUCUGGACUAACUGGAUUGGCAUACCCUGCUCUAACCAGUGCUUAUUCCGACAGCACCGAUGACCAGGAAGAAUACAACCCGAUCUUCACUACCAUGUACAAGGAGGGCUUGAUUGAUUCUUAUUUCAGUCUCGCAAUUCUUCGGGAUAUCUCGGGCGCUGCUGGUUACCUAACUCUUGGUGGCCUUCCUCCCAUCGAUUUCGAGGAGACCUUUACUAGCACUGAUAUCCUCGUCACUUCAAUCGAUGGAUACGCAGACUCAUACGACUUUUACACGAUCAACAUCGAUGCCGUGACAUUGAAUGGCAAGGCUGUUUCUAGCUCAGGAGGCUCAGAUAUUCAAUAUAUUGUUGACUCGGGCACGACUCUGAAUUACUACCCAACCAGCAUUGCGAACGCUGUGAAUGCAGCAUUUGACCCACCAGCUACUUAUAGCGAUGACGAAGGUGCCUAUAUCGUUGAUUGUAAUGCAACUGCUCCUACCCACGGCAUUACCAUUAGUGGCACCACAUUCAAAAUCAACCCAUUGGACAUGAUUCUGUAUGCAGGCACAGAUGAUGAAGGCAACGAUGUUUGUAUUUCAGGGAUCGAUGAUGGUGGAGAUGAUGCUUCGGAGGACGUGUAUAUUCUGGGCGAUACUUUCCAGAAGAAUGUCGUAACAGUUUUCGAUGUCGGUGCAGGCGAAUUGAAGUUCGCACCUCACGAGGAUUAUACUUCCAACGACACCUACUAG